AUGCAGAGAUGUCGUGGAAUACGAAAACACCCUAUUCCUGAACGAAACUCGACUGGGCCACCUCGUUUGACCAAAACGAGUUUCAAGCGUGCCGGGGCUUCGUGCCCAGCUGCUCUCUCGCCGGUAGUCUCCAGUGAUUCCAAUAUGCAGACCACGCGAAUGUCAGCGCUUCUUCGGGGCGUUCUUCUCGAACGUUACAAACGUUUCCUCGCACGAGUGCGCCUCGAUGACGGGACGGAGGUCACUGCCAGCGUGCUGAACCCAGGUCGCAUGACCGGUGGCGACGAAGGCGCUCCAGCCAAGGGGUACGCUGUUCCGAACGAGUCUGCUGUCUAUCUGGCGGCAGUUGAUCGCGGAGCGAAAGCCAAGCAUCCAUUUCGCUGGAUUAUCGCCACCGAGCCGAGCACAGGGGCCUUGGUCUGUGUCCACACAUUGGCGGCGAACCGACUCAUUGGGGAGGCGCUCGAAAGUCGUGCUCCAUGCCUCAUGGAGGCCAUCGGUGAAGCGCUGUCCGAUGUUGAGGCGGGAGAUAACGCCAUGGAGCCGCGUGCCGUUCCACGUUUCCAUUUCCAUGAGGUCGAACGCGAGACGAGCCUCCCACGCCAGGAUCCGGAUACUGAACGCAGACGACGCGAAAACGCUCCUCCAGACACUGGAGCAUGGCAAGCUUCCACAACGAAAACAAGGAAAACAAGUCGUUGCGACUUUUGCCUCGAUCAUCGCAUUUUCAUCGAGGUCAAAUCGGUUACCAUGCGUGGUUCCGCAGAGGGUUUAGUGCUUUUUCCAGAUGCUGUAUCGGACAGAGCGAGUCGCCAUUUGCAGGAACUUGCGAGCAUUGCCCGUGGGUCAGCGAAAUAUCCCAGAGCACGACCUGAGAUGCCGGUGCAGGCUCUGGUCAUCUUUGUGGUUCAGCGCAGUGAUCCGCCGCGAGCGCUCUGCCCGGCAGAGUCGAUCGAUCCGGCAUUUGCGGUAGCGAUGCGACACGCUGCCUGCUGUGGUGUGCGUUUUCUCUGUCUCUGGGUAAAGCCGAGCGUUACCCGCGAGGAAGCUGUCCCGUUCCGAUGGACGGUCGAAUGGUCAUGGAUGCCGGCUCAAGGCCCAGCAGAACCACCGCCUGGCUGCGUCUCGGCAAGUCGAUCGAUUCCGGUGUUUCUCUCACAGGAAGCGGCCAUGGAGUAUCUGCGAAACGUCUGA